GAGCCCAAGUUCAAGUUCCCGCACCGGCGAGGUGACCAGAAUCAAACAUCUGAUGUAGUUUAUGUCCCUUAUCAUCCACAAGCACUCGAGAAAAGUGCUUUAAUACAGUACUAUUUCAACAUUGGCUUCCUCCGAGCGCCGCCCGCAGCAGCAGCAGCAGCAGCGUCCGCCCGGCCGGAGCGCAGCGCCGGCGUCCUCGCAGGACCAGCCCCGGGAGCGUCGGAGCUCCCUCUCCUCCUCACCCUCCUCCUCAUCCUCCAGGGAGAUGUCAGCCACCAAGGCGGAGCUGCUGCGGUCAGCCCUGCAGAUCCAGGAGCCGCCGUCCCCGCUGGACGGCUACAGCAAGCUGGAGGAGCUGCACAUGCUGCUGGAGGCGGCCGGGCUGCUGGCAGCAGAGUCCGCGGAGUUCCCAGAUUCUCUGUCGGACCUCCCAGACCUGCAGAACUUCCCCCCCCUCACCCCUCGACUCCAACCUCUGUCCUACAGUGGGCGCUUCACCUUCGAGCCGUCCACCUCCACCUCCAGCAGUGGCAGCAGCCUGUGGGCGGAGCCUCUUCUCAGCCUGCUGACGGGAUUGGUCAGUGUGACGGCCCCGCCCCCUGCCUCCUGCAGCCACAUCCCUUCCUCGUCAUUGAUGACAUCAUCAGCCCCGUCUGCUGACAUUGCCUCCAUCUUAUCAACGCAGCCGGCGUACACGUUAGCCCCCAGCUCUGAGCCGCUCCCACCCCCCGCCGACACGCUGCCAGUGCCACAGGCCUUCCAGCCCCAGGGCCCCCCCCCGGCCUACCCCUCCACGGCCUCUAGGCUGGGCAUGCCGCCGUCUGCCAUGGCAGGGCCGAUGCUCUCCGACUACCUGCUACCUUCAGAUGCAGAGCUCGGGCCAAGCGCAGACCAGAAACCGCCCCCACUUACACCGUUGUCCACCAUCAAAGCCUUCUCCUCGCAGGUGCGGCCCCAGGGCCCCCCCCACCAGAUACCCAGGUCCUCUAAGCCCAGGAAGUCCCCCACCGGUCAGGUGUCGAAGACGCCACCGCACGAGCGUCCCUUCGCCUGCCCUGCAGACGGCUGCGACCGUCGAUUUUCCCGCUCUGACGAGCUGACGCGGCACGUAAGAGUGCACACGGGACAGAAGCCAUUCCAGUGUCGCAUCUGCAUGCGCAGCUUCAGCCGCAGUGACCAUCUCACCACGCACAUCCGCACACACACUGGCGAGAAGCCCUUCGCCUGUGCCGAGUGCGGCCGCAAGUUUGCCCGCAGCGAUGAGCGCAAGCGGCACACCAAGAUCCACCAGAGGCAGCGAGAGCGCCGCAUCGCCCCUGCUGGCCCGGUGGCAGCCGGCCCUGCUCCUGCCGCCUCCCCUGCUCACAUCUCUUCCUCCCCCUGCUUCACCCCUUCUCCCUCCUCCUCGUUGUCUCAGUUGUACGCCUCCUCCCCGUCACCUCACCUCUACUCCUCAUGCUCCUCCCCUAUGGGGAGUCCCCAGUCAGAGCUGCCCUCCCCUCACAGCUCCAACAUCUGCUGACAGACAGAGAACCCUCACCGACUUCACACAAACUUGAACACAGAGGGACGUGUCAGACUUUUAUUUUGAUGAGCCAAUGACUGAGUCCCGAACUUGUACAGAAAAACUGAAUUGUUCAGGCCCGAUUCCUGCUGUGCAGGUGGAAGAAUCCACGUGGCCACUAGGGGGCACCCAGGCUACACUACUAGCCUGAGUUUUCAUUCAAAAGUUCUCUUUCCUAAAUUUUGGAGUACAUAAUUUCAGAACAUCUGGGGUUUUCUCAUUAUAUCCCCCUCAAUGCUGUGCAUUUUUUUAUUUUUAUUUUUCUCAAAUGGCCCCAAAAGGCCGCCAUGCUAGCUCAGCACCUCAGCUGUCAAUCUUAGUGUUAGCUAGCUUGAAUUUGAAGUGUUACACCUGAAGUGUAACCGAUGACUGCAUCAUGGGAUCAUCUGAAUGAGUUGAAUCUCUUGUACAGGGCCCUCGAGCGGCUAGAAACGACCCUGGACUUGUGCACGAAACUUGUGUCGAUGUUGUACAUUCAUGAACGUGCACACAGGAGCGUGCACUGGUGUUUUACCUACUGAGUAGGUUCUGGAUGUUUGUAUGUUGACACGCAGGUCAGUGUUUGAUUUUCUACUGAACGUGUUUCCUCUUUAAGGCCUUUCAAAAUAAAACAUGUUCAAAGAUG